AUGGCUGCCAGCGGGGCGGUGGAGCCCGGGCCCCCCGCGGCCGCCGCCGCCCCCUCGGCCGCCCCUGCCCGGCCGUCCUCCGCAGGACCCUUGUUCCGGCCGUUCAGCGCCGACGACGAGGAGCAGCAGCCCACCGAGAUCGAGUCGCUGUGCAUGAACUGUUACCGCAACGGCAUGACGCGCCUCCUGCUCACCAGAAUCCCCUUCUUCAGAGAAAUAAUUGUGAGCUCCUUUUCCUGCGAGCACUGUGGCUGGAACAAUACUGAGAUCCAGUCGGCCGGUAGGAUCCAGGACCAAGGAGUGCGAUACACUUUGACUGUUAGGAGCCAGGAGGACAUGAACAGAGAAGUGGUGAAGACUGACUGUGCCACCACGAGGAUCCCCGAACUGGACUUUGAAAUUCCAGCUUUCAGUCAGAAAGGAUCUCUGACCACUGUUGAAGGAUUGAUCAGUCGUGCAAUCUCUGGCCUAGAGCAGGAUCAACCCACACGAAAGGUACUUGAAGAUACCAUAGCUGAACGAAUUGAUGAGUUCAUUGUCAAACUGAAGGAGCUAAAGCUAGUGGCUUCCCCUUUCACUCUGGUCAUUGAUGAUCCCUCAGGGAACAGCUUUGUAGAAAACCCACAUGCUCCUCAGAAAGAUGAUGCCUUGGUGGUCACACACUACACCCGGACCCUAGAGCAGGCUGAGAUGCUGGGUAUCCAGGCAGAAGCACCAGAAAAGAAAGUGGAAGAAGAAGAUCUCAAAAAUGAAGUGUUACAGUUCAACACAAACUGCCCGGAGUGCAGUGCCCCGGCUCAGACCAACAUGAAAGUUGUCCAAAUCCCCCACUUUAAAGAGGUUAUCAUCAUGGCUACCAACUGUGAGAGCUGUGGGCAUCGAACAAAUGAGGUAAAAUCUGGAGGAGCAGUGGAACCCUUGGGCACCAAGAUCACCCUCCACAUCACAGAUCCCUCAGACAUGACCAGAGAUCUCCUCAAGUCUGAAACGUGUAGUGUGGAAAUCCCAGAGCUAGAAUUUGAACUGGGAAUGGGUGUCCUUGGGGGCAAGUUCACGACUCUUGAAGGACUGCUGAAAGACAUUCGAGAACUGGUAACCAAGAACCCUUUCACACUGGGCGACAGUUCGAAUCCUGACCGGUCGGAGAAAUUGCAGGCAUUCAGCCGUAAGUUGGAUCAGAUCAUUGCGGGGAAGAUGAAGGCCCAUUUUAUUAUGAACGAUGUAGCAGGAAACAGUUACUUGCAGAAUGUGUAUGCCCCGGAAGAUGAUCCAGAGAUGAAGGUGGAGCGGUACAAGCGCACUUUCGACCAGAAUGAGGAGCUCGGGCUCAAUGACAUGAAGACAGAGGGCUAUGAAUCAGGCCUGGCCCCACAGCGGUAGCAACGGGCAGCUCCCAGGCCACUGUAAUGCUUCACGCACUGCAGGGGUAUAUGGUACUGUUAGAAUAAGAUGAGUGUCGUCUCUUAGCCCUUGCCUGUGGUGGGGAGUCAGAGAUACACGAAUGCGUUUUAAAUGGCUUGUAGUGCAAGUGCAAGCCUGGUGUGUUACUUGACCUUCUUUUGGAGGUCUUGAAUCUGCCUGGGAAGAAACCAAUUAUAAGACAUUUGAUCACUUUUUGCCCAUCAGCCCUUUACUCUACAUAGUGUUCUUUUUUCUAAUGUUGGACCUCUGAAGCUGGGGAAGGUGAAAGACAAUUACAGUUGGGGUGUGGAGUUGUCUUUGGCACAUAAAGUACUAACUUGCAGCAGGAACUCUUCAGAGGCAGGAAGAAGGUAAAGAAGUUUCCAUUAAAAUGAUGGCUUUUAUCCCA